UUUUCCGUCUGAGAGCUUUCUCAGCAAGCAUGAUGACGUCUGGUACCAGGCUACCAACCUGGAGGGAGAGAGAAAACAACAAGAGGAGACAGAGGAGGCGAAGAGCCAUAGCGGCGAAGAUCUUCUCUGGUCUGAGAAUGUAUGGCAACUACAAGCUCCACCAGCACUGCGACAACAAUGAAGUCUCGAAGGCUCUCUGCAAUGAGGCUGGUUGGACUGUUGAACCUGACGAGGGACGUCUUUUUCCGAUCGGGAAAUCUUGCAUAAGCUGAAAUCUUGCCUAAAUUGUUAUUUUUCAUUGAAUGAGAGCAAACAACAGUACUCAAGCCAUCUACUUUAUGUUGUCGAGUUUCUUUCUUUAAGGCAAGUAUUAUUCUUU